GUUACACGAACACAGGUUGGCUACAUGGGCUCUCCUACACUGAGUUAUGAUCAUCUUUCUACUUUACCUCAUGGAAACUUUUCAGCACUUGAGUUCACUUAAUGGAUACGUGAUAUUUCUGCUUCUUGCAACAAUCAGCAAAGGGUCAGCAUGUGAAGCUCCUUCCAAUCUUCUGUGCUUCCGACAAGAUGAAGACAAGAAUGUUUACAUCUGUGAAUGGGAUGUCAACACCAAUGAAACAGAAGUGACAUUUUACAUUUGCUAUAGGGGAACUGAAGAAAAAAAUGGGGUCGGGAGGGUUGCUGGUGCCUAUCUCCAGCUGCGUCCCGGGCGAGAGGCGGGGUACACCCUGGACAGGUCGCCAGUCUGUCACAGAUGUGACAGUUAUGAAAUUGCCUCAAAUGGCAAAAUUGGAGGCAUUAAGAAGGCCCAGAAAGAGGUCGUCGAGGAAUUACUGAUAGUCACUUCAAGCAUUGACAUGUGGGUAGAGGCUCGUACUGGAAACUCCACCUGCGCCUCACCUAAAGAGCCUGUAAUAUUGCAACAUAUAGUUAAAUAUGAACCACCACAAAAUAUAAGUGUGUCCUGGUUGAGAAACAAUCUCAGCUUAAGUUGGGAGUCUAAAUAUCCAUCUUUAGCUGAGGUCUGGUUCAGGAAAUAUCAUACAGAAUCAUGGGAAAAAAGACUAAUGAAUACUACCAAUGAACCUCCUAAGCAAAAACUCCUUGUUGUGAAUCUCCUGAAGAAUACAGCCUACCAGGUUCAAAUCAGACAGAGGUCCAUCCAGGCUGAAAAUCCGCUGUGGAGCGACUGGUCACCAGUUGUGAUAGUUCCUGCAGAAUUUGAACAACCUCCGUCAGUUCGGAGCACAACAACAAUUUUUAAUGGAACUCAACAAGUCAAGCUGACUUGGGAGCGGAUGCCCCAGGCAGCAACCGUCGGAGGGGUGACUUACAUUGUAAACGUCACACAAUCCUGUAAGGAGAAGAGUCACAAUACCAAACAGAACAGCUACACCGUUUAUGUGUCAUACUCAGCCGCCAACAUCACUGUUUCUGCCAAAAACGAGGCAGGGUUCUCUCCUCCAGCAGUCAUGCAUGUGCCAGCUGCUUCUGCCCCAGAUUUAAAAACUUGUGACAAAACAAUGCUGGAUAAGAAAUUACAGAACAAAAUGUGGCUUGAGUUUUACGAGCUCCAAGAUGCAGAUUUGAUACCAGAAAGAGUUUGGUGUUUAACUUCACAGAACAGAGCAAACAAAAGAAAGGAAGUAAAAAAACACAUGAAGGUCUACACACGCUACCUUUACUUUGAACAUAAAUAUCAUGAUGGCAAACCACAGACGGGGAAAAUGUGCCUAUACUAUAAGAAAGAGGGUGUGCCCAGCAAAGAGCCACAGAAUUUCCUGACUGUUUCUGACACACACGACUCCGCUGACCUAACCUGGAAACAAAUUUCAUAUGAGCACCUCCGUGGCUUCCUCACACAUUACAAAUUAUGUACUGUAAAAAUAAAUUCACAGAGCAAGCCUCCAGAGUGUAUCAACAUAUCCGCAUCAGCAACAAAACACCAUCUGAAAGAUUUGGCACCGGCAACCAAGUACAACGUCACCCUGGCUGGAGUGACACAAACAGGAGAAGGGCCAGUAGCCAUGCAGAGUUUUACCACACUGCGAGAGAAGCCUUUCAAUGUGUGGAUAAGCUUUGGAUUGUUGUUUGGGUUUUUCUUUUUCUCAAUAUUUUGCACCGUUGUCUUGAAGAGAAUAAAAAAUAAGGCGUUCCCUCCUGUGCCGAAACCCGUGAUGCCAGACUUCAGCCUUCGUCCACCAAAGAGCGAGGAUAUGUGGGAGAGAAAAGAGGAAGUGCAUGCCGUCACGCUACACAAGCUCAUUCCAGAGCAGAAGCUCGUUUCAGAGGCCACAGUCCUGAAGGGCGAAUGGGAUGAUGAGGCAGGACGGCAGGUGGAGAAAGACGGGUGCUGCUCGGGAGAAUCUGAUGAUGAGAGCUCGAGUCUUGCCUCGGGAGAUGACACUUUGAAGAAAGCAGACUUGAAGAACCUGGAACAUGUGGAAACAGAGCUGGCCAUGCUGAUAUACAGGAAUGGUUUGGUGUUUGAUGUGAAGUCAGAAUCACUUUGAGUCACUUCAACUGUUUAUCUGCCUCAACAGCACAAGACUGUGCAAGCAUUGGACUGACUUGCUGACUAAUGUUUGUCUCUGUAAAUAUAACUAAAUACAAAUGUGAUUUUUUUUUUAAAUUUACUUUUGUAUUUCUUCUAUGUUUACUUUGUGUGUAUUUUCUGGAAGUUACUGAUGUCAAACACAACAUGAAUUCAAUAAGGUGCCAGUAGUAUAUCAGAAAGCAGAAUAAUUCACUACUGCUUCACAUUUGCACAUUAAUAUUUUCACAUUUUUCAAAAGAUGGAAGGGAAAUCCUGAGCUGGUUUGUAGCAUUUUAAUAUCUUCAUUGUACUUUUUCUUUUACUGCCUAUUAAAAUUCAAGUAUGGUAGUCAA